AUGAAAAAUACACUCAUCCUAGCUGGUGUAUCUGCUUUUGCAACACAGGUUGCCGCGCAUGCAACUUUCCAGGAUUUCUGGGCAACAUGCGCAAGACUACCGCUCAGCAACAGUCCUGUCACCGACGUGACAAGUAACGACAUCCGCUGCAAUGCCAACCAUGGGCCCGCAGCUGCCAAGUGCAGUGUCCCAGCCGGCGCCACCGUCACGGUAGAAAUGCACCAGCAAAACGGCGACCGCUCGUGCGCCACCGAAGCCAUCGGUGGCGCCCACUACGGCCCCGUCCUCGUCUACAUGUCCAAGGUCGAUGAUGCCUCUACAGCAGAUGGCUCAGCCCCUUUCUUUAAGAUCUUCGAGGAUACUUGGGCCAAGAAUCCUUCUGGAUCCAGUGGCUCCGACGACUACUGGGGAACCAAGGACCUCAACAAGAACUGCGGAAAGAUGGACGUCAAGAUCCCCAAGGACUUGGCAGCAGGAGACUACCUCUUGAGGGCCGAGGCCAUUGCGCUGCAUGCUGCAAGCAGUGUGGGUGGCGCACAGUUCUACAUGACGUGCUUCCAGAUCACCGUCACUGGCGAUGGUUCCGUGUCGCCAGCCGGAGCGAAAUUCCCCGGUGCAUACAAGGCUACCGAUCCUGGUAUUGAGAUCAACAUCUACACAUCGCUCUCUUCCUAUACUGCGCCCGGCCCAGCAGUCAUCGCUGGCGGCACUGAGGCUGUUGCAGGCUCAGCUGGAUCCGCUGUGACUGCUACAGGAGGACCAGCUGCGUCCACGGCUGCCCCGACCCAGGCCUCCACCAUGAAAACCUCCGUCGUCGCUAGCUCUGCGGCACCUGCGCCAUCAACCGGAGGCGGCUCGGGCGGCUGCUCCGUCGCCAAAUUCGGACAAUGCGGUGGAAAGGGCUUCACCGGCUGCACGACUUGUGCCUCUGGAUCAACCUGCAAGGCUUCAGGUGACUUCUACUCGCAGUGCUUCCAUUCGCUCUAG